AUGGACAGGAUGCCACAGGAGUGGCGAAGAAGCGUCAUUGUCCCGAUCUUUAAGAAUAAAGGAGAUAUUCAAAACUGUUCUAAUUACAGAGGCAUCAAACUUAUGAGCCACACGAUGAAACUGUGGGAACGAAUCAUUGAUCAGAGGCUACGAGGGAAAACUAGCGUCACCAACAACCAGUUUGGGUUUAUGCUGGGGAGAUCAACUACCGAAGCGAUCUUCCUGGUUAGAAAACUAAUGGAGCGCUAUCGGGAACGAAUGCAAAAUCUGCAUAUGGUAUUCAUUGAUCUUGAGAAGUCUUAUGACAGAGUCCCACGGGAGGCAAUGUGGUGGGCACUCGAACAGAAAAGGGUACCACCAAAAUAUAUAUCCCUCAUUAAGGAUGUGUAUGAGGGAGCUGUCACAGGGGUCCGAACGUGUGGCGGUGUCUCGGAUGACUUCCCAUCAAUAUUGGACUACACCAAGACACUGGAAUCGAAGGGAUUCAGACUCAGUAGAACCCAGACGGAGUACCUGAAGUGUGACUUCGACGGAACAGGAACAGACGAGGGAGAUUUGCGGUUAGAUGGACAGAUCGUAACGAAGAAAGAGUCCUUCCGCUAUUUGGGAUCUAUGGUCCAGAGUAACGGAAACAUAGACGAGGACAUCCGACACAGAAUCAAUUCAGGAUGGUCCAAUUGGAGACUUGCAAAGGGAGUCCUGUGUGAUCGUAAGAUACCGACUAAACUGAAGGGAAAGUUCUACAGGACGACAAUACGUCCCGCACUUCUGUACGGGGUGCAGUGCUGGGCAACAACAACCCCUCAAACUCUAAGGCUACAAGUGGCGAAAAUGAGGAUGCUACGAUGGUCCUGUGGGCUGACAAGACACGAUAAGAUCCUAAAUGACUUUAUCCAACGGAAGCUUGGCGUAGCACCGAUGAAGAGGAGACUCACGUAA